AGAGAGAGAGAGAGAGAGAGAGGGGGGGGGAGGGAGAGAGAGACGCAAGCAGGCCAGUCUGGACUGGUUCUUUGGUUACGUUCCCUUUUCUUAGCGGGUCGUCGUCGUCAUCAUCAUCGUCAUCGUCGUUGCAGCGUUAGUUUCGCAACUACAAGACUGAUGCAACGCCUCGCAAUCCUCUUCUUCUACGCUUCUGAAUUCUCCCAAAUUUUGCUACCCCGAUCCACAACCCGCACCGCGGGUGUUCCUUUCCGUCUCCUCCGCAACUUCGAGGUGCAUUCUGUCCGGUCGGUCGGGACUGCACCGCAUUCCUGGAGAGGGCUGCCGUCUCUCUCUGCUUGAUUGCGUUCCUGUUAACUAGUAACACACGCUGUAAUAGCUUGGGAGGGUCGUCGUCCUCAGGAUUCUCUACUGGGGAUUUUGGGCUCAUCCCGACGACCUCUGGUUUCUUCAGGACAGCGACAGUAAAGCAAGUAUGACCAUCUGGAUCAUAUUUGCAACUUGUUUAGCAGGACAGCUAGGUUGCUGAAUGACACAGGCCUUUUGAUAUGUGCGACGUGUGUUUCUCAAGAACUUCGGUAGACACUUGCAGUGAGCGUUGUCAUUAGUUGGACAGUUGCUUAUCAAUUAGAGACGUUGACAACUCAUGCAGGUGGUGGAAGAAGUUCGCCGGGUUCACAGGGUCUCAUCCUUGUUCCGGUGCAAUGAGGUUAUUUACCUCGUUCUCGAUGCUGUAAUUCAGGUAGCUAACCCUUUGAGCGCCUUCUUGUCAGUGCGCACAAGGGACUGAGAGCAAAACCUGCAGGACCUUCUGUUGACAGACACGGAAAGCUGGGAUUUCAGCUAGUGUGGGGUUCGCUGUGCAGAUGCUCAGGCCUUGGGAAGUCGUCGGAACAAAGCCUUGAGGUACCCACAUGGGUUCAGUGGCUUUGGUCGAACUAGGUCCUCCGGGCAUGUUGAGUUGCAGACGAUCUCAAUUUGUUGUGGUACCACCUACACAGAACUAUUUCUUUGAGCGGCGUCAUUUUGAGAGCAUGGUCUUUAACGCAAGCGCACUCGAGCAUCGAGUUGAGUUGUGCAAAUGACUGUCCACGCUCUCAAGAGUCGAAGGCUAUUCUUUGUAAUUAGUUAGGAGCUCCCAACAUCGGCCGAGAUCGAAGCAGAUUCAUUUCGGGGUGGAGAUGCUGUAAAAGAAGAGAAGGCAAGGACUCAUGAUGAUGACUCAAUGAUGCCCGUUGUCAGUAGUCAUCAUCACACUUCAGACGGUACCUUCAUGAUCCAAGUAAUGAAACUGGAAUCUGAAGCCACGAGUUGCGGCUAUUAAGUGGUCAUAGAAACUUGGAGUACCUGAUUGAACAUCCUGAGGAAAGUACCUAGUGCAAAUAAGACACGGAGUAGCAUCAAUAUAGAAGCUUAAGUGCGCAUACAGAAGGUCCUUCUCGGUCAUCGGGUCACUUUCCCACUUGCAACCGUGAAGGUUUCGUGCAUUAUCAUCGAUCCGAGCAUGGAGCAAGUGGAAGACAGCUACAAAGAAUAUCUAAAGGAACCUCACUCUUCUCGCCUUCCUUGAAAGACCACGUGCGAAGAGUUCUUACAACACUCGCUCGUGCUUACAGAGAACAAGUUAACAAGAUCUUCAUAUGAAGCACUCGAAGACUCCGGAAACUAGUUAGGCCAACUUAGACCGCGCAAUUUCAGGUGGAACUUCAAGCCCAAGCGAGUUCGUAUCGCCCCAACAUUAACUUGAUUUGUUCUUCCACUUACUCUCACUGGACAAGCUCAGAGUAAUGAGUGUGUGACAAGCUUCUGCCAGUAUCGGGUUGAAGGCAUUUCAGCUUCGAACAUAACGAUUAGGGCAUAUCACAACUAACGCCUGAUGCAAGAGCGGCGAGCCUCAUGUGCACUUGGUGCAGUUUGGGUAGGGCGGUGUGCCUUUUUCCUCGCAAACACUGAGUGAUCAGGGAUAUGCAUGAAGUCCAUGAACAACUGGCUCACGUUUUCUCUAAAAUCCCCUCAUUUGGCCCUUGACGCGGUGAAGCAGUUAGCUGACCCCGUCAACCACCAGGUUCGUAGUACAAAUAGCCUCAUACUGUCAAGUAUGUCGCACAACCACAACAGCUUGGGGGGCUAUCAAGACUCAGCAAACGAUUGUUACAAUUCUCUUCGUAGCAGCAGCGAUGGUGGCAACUCAACUUCCGGCCAAGGCCUGGAGAUGAUGCGGUCAGAUGGAUCCCUUUGUAUCAUGGAGGCCCUCAGCAGGUCGCACAGUGCAGCAGAGCAUUGGCCGCAGCAGCGCGGCAUGCAGUCGGAUGGCGGAAUCCAGCAGCAUACCCUUUUGACGGCCGAUCAGCUGUCGAGGCUGACGCGCAACGGAGGCGCCGGUGAUCAGCAGUUGACGGGUUCCCACAGCCACUACGAGCUGCAGAGCAGCGGUACGGAGACGCGCGACGGGCCGAAGCUGGAGGACUUUCUGGGCGGCGCGUCGUUGGGUGGACAAUACUCGGACCGGGAGGCGCAGCAACAGCAGUUGGACUCGCUGUACUACAACGCCGGAAACCCGGGUGCAAGUUACGGGCGCGACGGGCAGUCGCGCAUCAACGUGAACUUGCCAUACUCAUCUCAGACGGGCGGAGGGUCUCUGCACGACGUGCCCUCGUCGUAUCACGUGGCGUACGGUAGGGUUCAGGAUCAAUCCAGCCUGACGAACCCGCAAGGGUACGAGCACCAGCAGUCCCGAGUGCAGCACGAGCUGCAGGAGAGCAAUUUGCUGGCAGGCAGCCGGUUGCACCCGCAGAACCUCCUGCAAGCGGCACUGGACCAAUCCGCGACUGCGGAGCUGUUGUCGGAUUGCGCGCUGCAGCUGCCGUCGGGAGGUUCACCGAAUCCGGGGAGCGAGGACUAUGGAUUGAAGACGUGGCUGCGGCAUCAGGCGGCCGCGGAGAAGAGGGUGCUGAACGGCUUGAGUGGGCUGCAACCUCUGACGCUGUCCAUGAGCGCCGGGUCCCAUCAGAGCAACGGGUCCGCUGCGGUGCACGGCGGCGGACAGCUACCGAUCGCGGAGAGUCCGACGGGGCCUGAGCCGCGAAAGCGCGGCGCCGGGCGAGCUGGGAGCAAGGAGCCAUCCCCGCGCAAGUCCAUCGACACGUUUGGGCAGAGAACAUCCGUGUACAGGGGCGUGACUAGGCAUCGGUGGACUGGACGGUACGAGGCUCAUCUGUGGGACAACAGUUGUAGAAAGGAGGGGCAGACUCGGAAGGGACGGCAAGUGUACUUGGGAGGCUACGACAAAGAGGAGAAAGCGGCGAGGGCGUACGACUUGGCGGCACUGAAAUACUGGGGUCCCAACACGACCAUCAACUUCCCGUUGAGUACGUAUGAGGCGGAGCUGGAGGAGAUGAAGAACAUGUCUCGGCAGGAGUAUGUGGCGUCGUUGAGAAGGAAAAGCAGCGGGUUUUCUCGAGGGGCAUCGAUGUACCGAGGGGUGACGAGGCACCAUCAGCACGGGAGGUGGCAGGCACGGAUUGGGCGCGUGGCCGGGAACAAGGACCUGUACCUGGGCACUUACAGCACGCAGGAGGAAGCAGCAGAGGCAUACGACCUGGCGGCGAUAAAAUUCCGUGGAAUCAACGCCGUGACAAACUUCGACAUCUCUCGGUACGACGCCGGUCGGAUCCAGCAGGCAGGUGCGAGUGGGCAUCAUGGAGCGGAGGCCAUGAAGGCGGCGAAGGAAGCGGAGGUGGCGGCGAUGCAGUCCCGAGUUGGUGCGACGGCAAGUCAAAUGCACAGCCACAGCCAGAGUCAGGUGAACGAAGAGCAGCAGACGUCUACCCAUUCGACGGGCGGGCCGGGGAGCCAGCUGACGUCGGAGGUGUUGUCGGGUCAAGGGGGGCUGUCGAAAAACCUGAUGGAGUGGCAGAUGCUGUAUCAGCAGCAGGCUCGAAACAGCUGGGAAUCGAGCUCGCGGGAGGAGAGCCAGCGGGCACGGUUGGGAUUCGGAGUGGAUUCGAUGCGGGCCCCGAGCACGCAAUCGAAGUUCCCGCCGCCGACGAACGGGAUGCUGCUGCGGAACCUGAUGGGAUUGGAGGCACUGCCACAGGAUCAGAACAGAAGGGGCGGCGAGAGUUCGUGCUCCGGGAACGGGGGACUACUGGGGCAGGGAAUGCCGAGCUCCGGGAGCAUGAUGAGCACGUCAGGGUUCGAGGGCGGGGGAUCGAGCGCAUACCAGAGCGGCGACGGGAGGGCGUUGAACUCGCCACCGAUGAGCAACUCGGCGUACCAGCAGCAGGGGCAGCAGGGGGGGCAGGGGGGGCAAGGGAGCGUGGACAGGGGGGCUGUGGUGGACAGUCCGAAGAAUUCGGUGGGCGAGAGCGAGGAGGCGAGCUCGAAAAGCUCGGCGUACGAUCCGGUGUUGCAGGGGGAGCUAUCCCGGAGCGGAAUUUUGUACAUGUCGCCAGGGUCGGGGUCGCAAGGGAAGAUGGGAAGCUAUGUGGAGAGCAACCCGAUGUCGCCGUGGAUCAGCAGCAAUGCGGCGACAGUGCAGGGACUGGCGGGUCGGUCGAACUUGAGCAUGGGUGGGCACAUGGGGUCGGGUCCCAUUUUUGCGCACUCGUGGAACGAAUGAGAAUGAGGUAGAGAGUAGGAAUGGGCGGUAGUUAGGGUAGGAAGACAGAUCAGAUCGGUAAUGGUGUAAAGGCAAUCAGGUUGAGCACUCGGGCCGUCGAAUAGUUGCGGGGGAGAUGAUCGACGUGCGUCGUUUGGAGUGCGGUUCAGCGUGUGAACAAGGUUUUUGGCUCUCUACCCUGAGUGAAAGAAAAGGGGAGGGAAGUGGGUCCGAUAUUUAGCACAGUUCUACAGAUGGUAAGUGUUGAUACAGAGAUAUACGGUACGAGGCCCCCAGACAUUGACAUUGGCGGCAUGUAAAAUUGAUCGAUGGCGAUGAUGAUUUUCCGCCCGUUGUGCGCGGGAACAAUUCAUUUCAUGGGCGCAGUUAGGUGGAGGGGAAUUGAUGUUCAUAGUACAAUAAUGAUGGCAACGGUUUUGGUGAGA